AUGGCUCACUACGACACUCGCGCUGCUCCCACGGACUACGGCACUACUUAUGAUCGCAAUCGCGAAACGGGGUUGUUUACUCGCUGGGUCCCAGAUAGGCUCAAACAUUCCCGCCUCUAUCGCUGGUUCCUUCGCCUUACACGCGUUGUACAAUUUAUCUCCGCUGUCAUCUCCCUUGGGCUCUUCUCAGCCCGCCUUCGCAAGGUCUACAAUCUCGUCAACGCCACCAAGACGCGUCGUGGUGUCAAUAGCUCCUAUGGUGCUGUUGAAGGCAUCCUGGCUGCCGCUGUCCUCUACACGCUCAUCGCCAUGCUGAUCUCGCUGCUGCUCAAGGGCGGCGGUCCGAGAUGGCUUCGAUGGCUUUGGGUCCUGUUGGAUAUUGCUUUUGUUGGAGCUUUCAUCGCCGUCUCUGUUCUUACUCGCCCGAAUGGCGGCAUGGCUGGUCCACGUCAUUGCUACAGAACUGAGGGUUUUUCGAGUACCUUUGGAAUCAACGCAGACUCGUCGGAUGAUAGCUGCAAUCUGCCUUGGGGGACAUUCAUUCUCGCCAUUAUUAGCACCAUCCUCCAUGCCAUUACCGCGGCAUUUCACGAAGUUCGUGAUCGCUACAAGGAACAUCGCGUCAAGGAGCAGCAUGUCAAGGACGCUCAUGUCGAUAGAAACAGAACAGCUGCAUACUAG